CCAUAUUUCCUUUAGAUUUUUAAAAUAACCCUUUCUAAUGAGGAUGACUGAUACGAUUAGAGUAAAGGAGGAAAGUGAUACAAUGAAAUGUUCAGAAGCCGAAAUAAAAGACAAUACUGCAUUGGAACAGUUCGUAAGAUCAGAAAGUCAAGAGCAAAUUCAAGCAGAAAAGGUUGAAAGAUGUACUGAUAAUAAAAAUGAUGUGCAGCGGCCAGUGCAGUCUUUUGGACAGACAGGAAAAAGGUCAAAGUCAAGUACAAAAUUAAAGCUAGUUCGGAGCCUGGCUGUGUGUGAAGAAUCUCCACCACCCCCCACAGCUGAAAUUUCACAGGACAUCCAGGAAAAAAAUCAGAUCCAGCUAACACAGUUGUUUGAAAAGGAAGAGAAACCCUCGAAAGAUGAAGCUGAAAAGGAGAAGUCUGAUAAGUUACCCAGGAAAAUGUUAUCAAGAGAUUCUAGUCAAGAAUAUACAGAUUCAACUGGUAUAGAUCUACAUGAGUUUUUAGUUAAUACAUUGAAAAACAAUCCCAGGGACAGAAUGAUGCUGCUGAAAUUAGAACAGGAAAUCUUAGAUUUCAUUGGGAAUAACGAAAUCCCACGAAAGAAAUUUCCACCAAUGACCUCUUACCAUAGAAUGUUAUUGCACAGAGUAGCUGCUUACUUUGGAUUGGAGCACAACGUGGACCAAAGUGGGAAGUCAGUUAUCGUGAAUAAAACCAGCAGUACCAGAAUACCUGACCAGAAGUUUUGCGAACAUAUAAAAGAUGAAAAAAGUGAAGAUUUUCAAAAACGGUACAUCCUUAAACGAGAGAAUUCUAGUCUAGACAAAGAUGAUAAUCAGAUGCGAAUACGAUUAAAAGAUGACAGAAGAAGCAAAUCUAUAGAAGAGCGAGAAGAAGAGUACCAGAGAGCUAGAGAACGAAUAUUUGCACAAGAUUCGCUGUGUUCCCAAGAGAAUUAUAUUAUUGACAAAAGAAUUCAAGAGGAAGAAGCCAACAGCACCCAGCAAAGGCGACAGAUAUUUAGAAUCAACAAGGAUGCUUCCGGGAGGUCAGCGAACAGCCUUCAGAGCAGUACAGACAACGAGCUAAAGUACUCUGAACCCCGUCCAUGGAGUAGCACGGACUCGGACAGCUCCCUUCGCAGUUUGAAGCCCCCUGUGACCAAAGCCAGCAGCUUCAGUGGAAUCUCUGUUCUGACAAGAGGCGAUAGCACGGGAAGCAGCAAAAGCACUGGCAGGCUGUCCAAAACAGGUUCAGAGUCUUCUAGUAGUGUAGGGUCAUCCACGGGUUCUCUUUCUCACACCCAGCAACCUCUUCCAGUCACAGCUCUCAGCCAGCCUUCUCAUGGCACAUCUGCCGUCUAUCCAACUAUCAGCACUAGUAGUUCUCUUUCCUUUGAUGGUGGCAUAAGUGGGCAAGUGGCGUCUUCUAGCGGUAGCUUCUUUUUGCUUCCCUUGGAAGCGGCAGGCAUACCACCUGGAAGUAUUCUGAUCAACCCUCAAACAGGUCAGCCAUUCAUUAAUCCAGAUGGCACUCCAGUUGUGUAUAAUCCUCCAAUGCCUCAACAGCCAAUUAGAAACCAAGUGCCUGGACCUCCUCAGCAGCCACCACCUCCCAUUCCACCUCAGCAACAACCAGCAACCAAUCACAUCCUCUCACAGCCUAUCCGACCUCUUCAGCCUUCUUCACAGCCUGUUCAGUUCUCCACAGUUACUUAUCCACCCCCGCUUCUGCCAGUCUCAUCUACCCAGCAAUAUACUGUGCAAGACAACUUAGGAUCCCAACUUAGCCAUAUGAGUCUCUCCCGACAGCCGUCUGGAGAAGCUGCUGAUCCUCAUGCCACCAUGUUCCAGUCUACAGUUGUCCUUCCACCACCACAGCAAUCUGGUUUUAUCAUAGCAGCAGCACCACCGGCACCGCCGCCGCCGCCGCCACCACCACCACCUGGCCAACCUACUCCUAACUACAGUGGAUCCAGCCACCCUGUUAACCAGCAAGUUCUUCAGCAACAGGGAUAUAUGCAGCAACCAAUGCCACAGAUGCCAGCCUGUUACUGUGCUCCAGGCCAGUAUCCACACUCCAGUCAACAAUAUCGGCCAGUUACUUCAGUUCAUUACAACACACAGCAAAACCAACCACUGCCACAGCCUGCCCAACAGACAGGUUACCAAGUUAUGCCUAACCAGCAGCAAAACUACCAGGGUUUAGUUGGUGUCCAGCAGUCGCAAAACCAAAAUCUAGUUGGAGGCCAGCCCAACAACAUUGGAAACCAGAUUCAAGGGGUACUUGUCCCAUAUCCACCCCUGCCAUCUUAUCAAGUCUCCAUGGCUCAAGUUUCCCAAGGACUGUCACAGCAAACAUAUCAGCAGCCAGUGGUUAUUCCCAGUCAGUCUAACCAAGGACUCCCCACAUCAGGAAUGCCUGUUUAUUAUAGUGUCAUUCCAUCUGGACAGCAGAAUAAUUUAAGCUCUUCAGUGGCAUAUCUUCAACCUCCAGGGUCAGAACAGAUACAGUUUCCUAGAACAACAUCACCCUGCAAUUCCCAACAGCUCCAAGGACAACAGUGUGCAGCAGUUGCACCACCACCAAGUGGAGGAAUGGUAAUGAUGCAGCUCAAUAUACCCAAUAAUCCUCAGCCUCGGCCCCAUUCCCCUCCUCAGUGGAAGCAGAAUAAAUAUUAUUGCGACCAUCAAAGAGGGCAGAAAUCAACAGAUUUUAGUUCAUUGGACAGUUGUCCACAGUUACAACAUAGUCCACAAAUAGGUAGCCCUGCCACAUCUCCAGCCCAGUCACCGGCACCAACUCAGCUUUCAAAUAUGAAGAAUAUCCGUCCCACCUUAACACCUCUUCCGCUUGUGCCCCCAUUCUCUCGACAUUUUGUUCCUGGACAAGGAGAUGCCAGAUACCCCUUACUUGGCCAGCCUUUACAGUACAAUCCUUCUCUGCCACAUGGGCACAUAGCAGGUCCACAGUGUCAGCCAGGAAACAGACAUGGAAAUAGAGGAAGAAGACCAGCCAAAAAGGCUGCUUCAGCAGAUCUUGGUGCGGGAGAACCAGUUAUAGGAAAAGUGUUGGAAAUUACUGAACUUCCAGAAGGAAUAACUCGUGCAGAAGCUGAAAAAUUAUUUGUGGAACUUCUUAAAGUUGGUGCCAAGAUUCGGUGGCUACGAGAUCCUCCAUCUGUGCAGGUGCAUCAGCCACACCAACACCACCAUCGCUACUGUGGGAGUGGAGAUAGUAAUGUAAACACUGAACCUUCCAAACUUAGUGACUUGGCAUCUACAUAUACAGUUCUGGCAACGUUUCCCACCAUGUCUGCGGCCCAAAAUGCAUUGAAGAAGCAAAGUAACUCACUGAACAAGUUUAGGUUGAGAACAAGCAAGAAGCAUUACGACUUUCACAUUCUGGAAAGAGCUAGUUCUCAGUAACAACUACGACACUGAACAUUCAGCCUUUAUUACUUCCAUGUCCUUAUCUCUUCUACUUGAUUGGCUUGAUGUUUAUGAUUUUUUUGUUGUUGUCUUCAUAAAACCCCUUGGAUGUCAUACACCGGUAAAGUCUUUUAAGAAUACACCCAGUGAUCCCGGAGAAGAUGCAGGAAAAAAAUAAGUUAAAUCAUCAACUUACAAAACACGGCUGUGAUAUGAUGAAAUGGACAGGCAGCCUUCUAUGAUGAAUGCUACUAAAAAGCCCCUUUUGUAAAAGUUUUGUUUUAUAUUUCCAAAUUCUUGUAUCAGAUCCAAAGCUCUGUUGUACAGCAAACUUUUAUUCAUAAGGAAUAACCAUAUUCUUACCUGCGUUUUUUAAUCCCUUUGUAUAAAGCCAGCACGCUUCUCUCAGUUUAAGAGCAGGGAACUGGGGUUGGAAAAGAAAGAGAAAAGAGCUUCAAAGGAAUUACACUGUUUCUAGCCCAAUAUGCAAAAGGCAAAGAAGGCAGCAGAUUUCUCUUCCCUUUUGUUCUUCUCCCAAAGAGUCCUACAGUAACUACUGAAGGCCUUCUCCACACCUUCCCUUUCUAGAUUUCUUUAGGAAAUGUGAACGGUAACUGCCAAUAAAUUCUACUUUUGAGCAUCUUGUUUCUAUUCCAACAGAAUAAAUAUUAAAAAGGAAAAAAUGACCAUCACCAAUGAUUUUAACUGGAACCCAGUAGUUUUCAGUUAAUGGUAAAAGGUGACUCUCCAAAUGGUAAAAAGUUUGCACUUUAAUUGUGUUCCCAUCAAUAUGUUUCUUUACCUUUUUUUUUUUUUUUUUACUGUAAGAGUGAUCACAUUUGAUAAGUGCUGGAAACUUCUUAAGUGGUUUAGAUAUGUUUUUUCAUCAUUUGUAGAGGAUCACUGGACAUCAAAUGAUUCAUUGCACAUAUAAAGGAGACACCUUUUUCAAUUUCUGUAUAAUUUGCAAGGCUGUACAAUGUGUGCUGAUGCAAGCCUUCAGUUUGGGAAAAAAAUAAAUGUUUACAAAUAUA